GAGGUCAAAUGGCAUUAGCAGAGUGUGGCGACUGGAGAGUUGUGUGAAUAGACGAUAGAUUCAUUGCAUGUAGUUCGAGGAAGACUGUUGGAAACCGGAGAAGUUGGAAAUUGCUGAAAUCUAUCAAAAAUGAAGAAAGCUGUUACAGGAGGUCAGAUAGCAAAUUGGUUCGCUGUCGGGACUCAAUCUGCGAGAGAAGAUGCCAAAACGGAGAUCCAAGAAGCGCGCACUUUGCCUGCUAGCCCAGAGAAGGGCUACUCCGAAUGCAUCAAUGGACUGCGAAGAAGUAGACUGGAGAGUUCAUCUGAAUAUCCACCCUCACUCACGUCCGUGGACUAUCCAUCUCUGCCAAUUACUAAGGACAGACAAGAGCUGGUGACCCUGAUUGAGAACAACUCUGUGGUGAUCAUCCGGGGGGCGACGGGCAGUGGGAAGACCACCCAGCUGCCGCAGUUUGUCCUCGACCACUACCACGACAAGCAGGCACCCUGCAACCUGGUGGUGACGCAGCCGCGCAAGAUCGGGGCCUCCAGCAUUGCACGCUGGGUGGCACACCAGCGCAAGUGUGCCUUGGGCAGUCUCGUGGGCUAUCAGGUGGGUUUGGAGAAGGUGGCAUCUGAGCACACCAGGUUGAUCUACAUGACCACUGGAGUCCUACUGCAGAAGCUGGUGGGGGCCAAGAGUCUCACAGAGUACUCGCACAUCUUCAUAGAUGAGGUCCAUGAGCGUACAGAGGAGUUGGACUUCCUACUGCUGGUCAUCAGGAAACUGCUCUUCUCCAACUCGCGCCGCGUCAGGGUGAUCCUGAUGUCUGCCACCAUCAACUGUAAGGAGUUUGCGGAGUACUUUGGCACUCCUCUGCGUAACCAGGUAAAUCCUGCCUACAUCUUCGAAGUGGAGGGGGCUCCCUACGCCAUUGAGCAGUUCUACCUGGAUGACCUGCGAGGACUCAUACCCAUUGCGUCAGUACCACUGCACUGGGAUGAACCAGGCAUCAGUCCCCAGAUGUACAACAUUGCAAUCAGCCUGAUUGAAAGCUUCGACACCUUGGAAGACCAGGACCAUAGCCCUAAGGAGGUGAGCAAAGGUGUGGUGAAUCUGCCAGUGAGGGGCAGCGUGCUGGUCUUCCUCCCGGGCCUCGCUGAGAUACAGUACAUGCAGGAUGCCCUCUCCAAACUCGGACGCAGAAGGUUGCAGGUGUAUCCCCUGCAUUCAACCGUGACCUUGGAGGAACAGAAUGAGGUUUUCCUGGUGCCUGUGGUUGGAUACAGGAAGAUCAUCCUUUCUACCAACAUCGCAGAAAGUUCCGUCACAGUGCCUGAUGUUAAGUAUGUUAUUGAUUUCUGCCUGGCGCGGCAGUUGGUGUGUGAUAAGGAUACGAACCUCCGCUCGCUCCACCUCACCUGGUCUUCCAAGACCAACUGCAACCAGCGGCGGGGUCGAGCGGGCCGCGUCUCCAAGGGUUACUGUUACCGGCUGGUCACCAAGGACUUCUGGGAGAGGGAGAUCCCUGACUAUGUGGUGCCAGAAAUGCUGCGUGCCCCCCUGGACACCAUCCUGCUGAAGGUGAAGCUCCUGGACAUGGGGGACCCGCGCAUGCUGCUCUCCACAGCCCUGUCUCCACCCAACCUCAGCGACAUCGAGAGGACCGUGCUCAAGCUCAAGGCGAUGGGAGCACUGUCUGUCCACAACCCCAGUCAGAACUGCUACGAUGGGGAGAUGACGUUUCUGGGCCGGGUGCUGGCACACCUACCCGUGGCUUUGCCGCUGGGCAAGAUGAUCGUGUUGGGCCACGUGUUCGGUGUUCUGGAUGACUGCCUCAUCAUUGCGGCCUGUCUCUCCCUGAAGAGCUUCUUCAGCACCUCACAGCUGCAGCCUCUGGCAGGGUACAGGAGCAAGCUAAAGUUUGCCAACGGUGUCCCAAGUGACCACUUCGCCUGUCUCAAUGCUUUCAAGGCCUGGUCAUGCCAGAAGACAAAGGGGGAGUUUCGCAACACCAAGGAUGAGCUGGACUGGGGCAAACAGAACUGCAUUUCAAUCAAGAGAGUCAGAGAGGUGGCAGAGCUGUAUGAGGACUUGAAGAAGCGAGUUGCCCAGUUCAACAUGAAGACUAGCCAGAACCCCUGCUCCCUGGACUACACAAGCCUUCACAUACAGAAGUUCAUCCUGCAGGUGGUGAUUGCUGGGGCCUUCUACCCAGACUACUAUAUUGAGGGAGAGAUCGAUGAUGAGCUGGCUGCCAAGGAGCUGUCCGGCCACAACCCCACCACCACUGUCAUGAUUCGCAACAUGCCGCCAUUUGCCUUCCUGUACUAUAAGCAAGUGCAGUCGCUCUUCCGCCAGUGUGGACAAGUCAAGAGCAUCGCCUUUGACAGCUCCAGGGCGUAUGUGGAGUUCUGUCGCUCGGCUACCCAGGGUGCAUCAGUACUUCAGGAGGUGUCUCUGGCGCUGCUGCUCUCGCAGAAGAAGCAGGACCUGCGGCUCUCCACCCACUCCAACGAAGAAGUGGAGUCCCACGCCACCGAGAGGGCCCUCAUUACACACCUCCGCAACGCACGAGUAAGUGUGGAUUUCCUGAACAACACGGUGUCUCCUGUGGACUUCACAAGCAUCAUGGAUCCAGACAAGCUGCCUGCCAAUAAACGAGUAUUCAUCAUCAACAUCACCAAGGUGAUGGAGGUGGGCCACUUCUGGGCCUUCUGUGCCGGCGAGGCGUGCGUCACUAAGCAACGGCAGCUGACUGCAGCCAUCAACGCGUGCAAGCCUCGGCCGCUGACGUCCUCCCUGUACCCCAACCUGCUCUGCCUGGCACCUUUCAGAACGGACACGGACCCCGAAGCAGACGCAGACGUAGACACGUCAGGCACCUACUAUCGCGCCAAGAUACUGCAGGUCCCCAGCAGCUCUCUGUCUGUGGAGGUGUUCUUCCUGGACUUUGGGAACACUGCCACCGUGCCCACCAGCAGCCUGAGAGAGCUACCUCCGGAGCUGCAGACUAUGCCAUUCCAGGCUCAGGAGUUCCAACUGGCAUUCCUGGCCCCCUCGGCCCAGUCCAUCAUCUGCGGCGAUCGCUGGAGCAAGCGUGCACGUAACCGCUUCGCCACGCUGGUGCACGGCCGGGCGCUGGCCGCGUGCUUGUACUCCAUAUUGCAUGGCGUGAUGCGCGUAGACCUGCUCGUGCCCUCCGACUCGGGAGAGAGCGUCAACGUCACCGACGUCCUGGUGCAGGAGGGACAUGCGCGCCGUGUGCCCGAGGGCUUCGAGUCUAAGCAAAGCCAUGAGGCGCUGAUGUCCAUGUAUGAAGACCUGGAGAAAGGGACGUUCAUGAAGAGCCACACCAACGCGUCCUGGGCCGACCAGAAACUGAAGGACAAGCAGGUCAUCAACAAGCUCAUCGACCCAAGAACAGGACCAGGGAACCCCAAGUUGAAGUGCAAUGUUCAUGGCCCUUACAGCCCCAACAAAUCCAGAUUCUACAGCAUGACUCAUACCACACACUACAGGUCUGUGGUUCUGGAGAAAGACAGUAUAAACCAGGUGUCCAUCAACGAGAACCCCCAGUACACACACUACAGGCUGCUGGUGGCAGGAUCAGUGUCCAUCAGCGGCUCAGGCUCUGGUAUCCUCCUGAAAGAGACCACCUUCUUGCCUCACAUCCCCGGCCUACCUGCUCUCAUAUCUAUGAUCUUCUGCCCUGUUAUGGAACUACGGACGGAUGAGGAGCGUACUGAGUACAGUGGUGCACUGUGUGGUCUUGGCCCCGCCCUCCAGUCUAACGAUGGUCUGCUGACCGACACCGACAUGGAGAUCGCCUUCGAUGUCAAGAUAGACUUUGAUGACAUCACUGAGGUGAACGGGUUGCGAGCAGCGAUCAACCGUUUGGUGUGCGAGGGCACGAACGGUGUUCUGCACCUGCAGCCUGAACAGAUCAGUGGAUAUCAGCAGGAUGCCAGAGACCGCCUCAUUAGGCUCUUCACCAGGUCUCCUCUGCGGGAAGACAAGGCGCCCGUCUACCAUCAGAAGCCCAAGAAAUGGAAUCAGGUGGAUCCCUCACUCAUCAUGGAGUUGGCUAACAAGGAUGACAAAACCAAAGGUCAUCUGUUCCAAAUGCACUCAGUAACUAUUCUUGACAUUUGAAAGGAGGAAAAGGGAAAAAACCCAAAAGAAUUCACACACUAUGUGGUUUGUGUGAAGAAGUGUGAAUUUUUUGCUCUGUUUACAGCCAUAGUUAAUGUGUGGUGAUAUGCACUUUUAUAGAGAACACUAAGGACAGUGAAUUUAAUUUUAUUGUUGACAUCUUUUCUAAAAAAAAGAGAAUUAUGUUUAGGUUCAUUUUUUAAUUUUUUGGUUUGUCACAAGAAGGCAAUUGUUGAAAGUACUUGUAUAUUUUAGUCAGGUUUCUAUAUAAAGUACAUUUCUGUGUUGGUGAAGGAA